CUCCUUCAAAGCAACGAAUACAAGAAAAGGGGAAAGGUGUGGGGUUUGGAGGUUCGAAAGGUUAGGGUUUUGGGUGGGAGAGGAAGGAGAGUUUGAGAGCGAGAGAGAGGAGAGAAAUUAGGGUUUCCUCCACUGCUGGAUGAUUUUUUCCGCAGAUGUUCCUCGUUUCCAUGCGGAAAUCCUUCAAGGACUCCCUCAAAGUCCUCGAAGCUGACAUCCAGCACGCCAAUACACUGGCUUCGGAAUUCCGAAGGGAAUAUGAUGGUGCCUGUAUUCAAAUGCGAAUGUCAUAUAGUCCAGCUGCACACUUAUUUCUUUUCCUAGUGCAGUGGACAGACUGUAGCCUUGCAGGGGCUCUCGGUUUGCUGAGAAUUCUAAUAUAUAAGGUUUAUGUAGAUGGAACAACAACCAUGUCAACCCAUGAAAGGAAAGCAAGUAUCAGGGAAUUCUAUGCUGUGAUUUUUCCCUCUCUGAUGCAACUGCAUAAAGGGAUCACUGAUAUGGAAGAUAAAAAGCAAAAGGCUAUUUGUAUGGAGAAGUACAGGAGAAGAGAUGAAGUUGAAAGGAGGCAAUUCUCAGAGAUAGAUGUUGAAAGAGAGGAAGAAUGUGGGAUCUGCAUGGAGACAAACAGCAAGGUUGUGUUGCCCAACUGCAGUCAUGCUAUGUGCAUGAAAUGCUUCCGCGAAUGGCGUUUAAGAUCGCAGUCAUGCCCCUUCUGCCGUGAUAGCCUCAAGAGAGUAAACUCAGGUGAUUUAUGGGUAUUUACCGAUAGCAGUGAUAUUGUUGACAUUGCGACAAUGUCAAGAGAGAAUAUGAGACGCCUUUUCAUGUAUGUGGAUAAGUUGCCUCUAGUUAUCCCAGAUUCUGUUUUAGAUGCCUACGAUUCUCAUGUGAAGUGACCUGUUCGGCAGUCUUAUGGCUCCUUGUUAUAGACCACCCAAUUCUUUGAGCCAGUGCUUGUUAGCUGAUUGAUUUAUCCAAAGGAUAGUAUUUUAAUUCCUGCUUUAAAGCUGGUGCUACUUUUUAAGCGGCUGUUGAGCUUGAGGAUCUGUUCGAGAAGAGAUCUGUAAAUUGUGUUCAGGCUGCUGUAAAUAUUUGUACAGUUGUAAGUUGGUCUUUGUCCAGAACCCAACAGUAUCAUGUAAACAGACAGCUUACUGUAAAAACUUGACUCAUGGAUUAAUGUGUUGUGGGUUCCUGUAUCAGAAUUUUAUCCAUGUAUUGAAGCCAUGCUGGUACCAGGGAAUAGUUAGGGACUGCAUAUAUGGAAGGAAGGGGUGAGGUGGUAGGUUUCAUCAGCAAUAUGAUUUCUCAAUA